UCUAAUUAAUUGUACACGAAGUGAAAGCAAAACAGGACGUAACACAAAUGUGUUGUUUACCUUUAGAAGAGGAAAGCCCAAAGUAGGCUUGAGGUGUAUUUGAAAUUUGAACAGUGAAGUAUUUACAUGGGUGCGGGUGUUACGUGAAAGAAUGAAUGAUUGCUUUAGUAAAUGUAAGAAGAAAGCAAUACAAGGUGAUAGGACUGUGUACGUAGGAAGCAAACGUCUGCCUGGAGAACAUGUUGAAGUAGUUGUUCCUCACAAAUAUCCUGACAAUAGAGUUAUAUCUUCAAAGUAUACAUCAUGGAAUUUCAUACCUAAGAAUCUGUUUGAACAGUUCAGAAGAUUAGCUAAUUUCUAUUUCCUAUGUGUAGGAUUCAUUCAGUUGAUUAUUGACAGUCCAGUUAGUCCAGCUACAAGUAUUACACCAUUGGUAUUUGUAGUGGUGGUUACAGCAAUUAAACAGGGUUAUGAGGAUCGGCUGAGACAUAAAGCUGACAAUGAAGUAAAUAACAGAGAGGCAUAUGUUGUCAGAGAUGGCAAGGUGGCACAAGUUAAAUCCAUGGAUAUCACGGUUGGUGAUAUAGUUAAAGUCAAGUUGAACCACAGCUUUCCAUGUGAUCUGGUAUUGUUAUCAUCACAUGAUCCAGAAGGAAAAUGUUAUGUUACGACAGCAAAUCUGGAUGGAGAAACCAAUCUAAAGACUCAUUUCAGUAUACCAGAUACCAAACACUACCAGACAGAUGCAGAUUUUGGUUCUUUACAUGCUAUGAUAGAAUGUCAACAGCCAAUUCCAGAUCUCUACAAGUUUGUAGGCAGAAUGACAGUACACAAAAAUAAUGAAAAUGUUAUGAAACCACUGGGACCAGAAAAUGUUUUACUCAGGGGUGCCAGACUUAAAAAUACACCUUAUGUUUAUGGUUGUGCAGUGUAUACGGGUUCACAGACAAAGAUGGCCUUAAAUUCCAAAGCUAAAUCUACCAAGUUCUCUAGAGUUGAAAGGGGACUCAACACAUUCCUAUUAGCUUUCAUUGGGAUUUUAUUAACUGAAGCUUUAAUAUCAACAAUUCUAAAGUAUUGGUAUGUCAGACAGGACUUCAUGCAGAACUCAUGGUACCUCCCUUCUGUUAAGGAGGAGAAAAAGUUAACAGUAAAAUCAGCUUUACAAGAUUUCCUGGCUUUUAUGGUGCUAUAUAACUAUAUCAUACCUAUCUCAUUAUAUGUGACUGUGGAGGUACAGAAGUUUGUAGGCUCCAUGUUUAUAGGAUGGGACCUUGAGAUGUAUGACGAGGAGAAUGACCAGCCUGCUAAAGCUAAUACUUCUGAUCUUAAUGAAGAACUUGGUCAGGUAGAGUAUCUGUUUACUGAUAAGACUGGUACCUUGACAGAGAAUGAUAUGCAGUUUAGGCAGUGCUCUAUACAUGGCCAGAAAUAUGAAGAGGUGGGAGGAAUGCUGUGUAAAAUGUCCUUGACAGGAGGACAGAGUAUGCCUGUACAUAAACUAACACCAGAAAUAGAAGAAUUUUUUGCGUUACUUGCCUUAUGUCAUACAGUGCGUGUGGAUCACCCUGAGAUGCACCAGACAGGAGCAGCCUAUGUUUAUAGUCACACUGGUAUGGAGUAUGAGUACCAGUCGUCGUCACCUGAUGAAAAGGCUUUUGUAGAGGCUUGUAGAAGGUAUGCAAUAAUAUUCCAUGGUCUGAAGGAUGGCAUGCUAGAGAUUACAUUUAAAGGUAAAAUGAAGAGAUACCAACAGCUACAUGUGCUAGAAUUUGACCCAACCAGGAAGAGGAUGAGUGUCAUUAUCAAGAAUGAAGAAGGAGAAGUAUAUCUUUUAUGUAAGGGUGCUGAGUCAGCUAUAUUAGACCGAGUGAUUGAUGGAGAGAAACAGAUAACUUUACAACAUGUCAAUGAGUUUGCUACAUUUGGAUUAAGAACACUAGUGCUUGCUCAAAGAAAAUUAUCUGAGAAAGACAUAGCAUUGUUCGAUGAUAAGCUACAGGAGGCAAGAACGUCCCUACAAAAUAGAGAGGAGAAGCUAGAUGAGGUGUUUGACUUUAUGGAGAAUGAACUACAUGUCCUAGGUGCCACUGCAAUAGAAGACAAACUACAGGAAGACGUUCCUAAGACUAUUGAGUCCUUAAGGAUGGCUGGUAUUAAGGUCUGGGUGUUAACAGGAGACAAAGAAGAAACAGCAGUGAAUAUAAGUCACUCUGCUGGUCAUUUUAAACAAGGAAUGACCAAGCUAAAGCUGACUAGAAUAACUGAUUCAAUAGAAUGUGCCGAAGCUGUCAGGAAACACAUGAUAAGUGCAGAGAACAAUUUCUCUCAAGGAAAACAGAAUGCAUUGAUCAUAGAUGGCACCACUUUAUCACAUGCUCUAUAUGACCAUGGUGAUAUCCUACGAGAUCUUUGUCAUUUAUGUGUAGCUGUGUUGUGUUGUAGAAUGUCUCCAUUACAGAAAGCUGAGGUUGUGAAACUGAUAAAGACAGGUAAAGAUGCUCCUGUAACAGCUGCAAUAGGGGAUGGAGCUAAUGAUGUCAGUAUGAUACAAGAGGCCCAUGUUGGCUUAGGUAUAAUGGGGAAGGAGGGUCGACAAGCAGUGAGGAACAGUGACUAUGCAUUCUCUAAGUUUAAAUUUCUUAAUAGAAUGUUAUUGUUACAUGGUCAUUUCUUUUACCACAGAAUAUCUACUCUAGUCAACUACUUCUUUUAUAAGAAUGUGGCUUUUAUCACCGCUCAAUUUUUUUACAUGUUUUUCUCUGCAUUUUCACAACAGUCGAUAUUUGAUUCAUUCUACCUGAUGUUUUACAACAUAACAUUCACAUCAUUACCCAUAUUUCUGUAUAGUUUGUUUGAGCAGCAUACAAAACAGUCAACAUUAUUAGAACAACCGCAGCUUUACAAAAAAAUAACAAGAAAUUGCAAAUUAAGUAAAAAAUAUUUCAUACAGUGGAAUGCCUUAGGUUUAUGGCACGCUGUCAUAUUUUUCUUUGGUGUGUUUCUGAUGUUUGACGGCGACAUUACAUUUUAUAAAAAUGGAAAGAUGAUGGACAAUUGGAUGCUUGGCUCAGUAGUGUAUAUUACAUGUGUAUUAGCUGUGAAUAUAAAGCUUGGAUUAGAAACAUAUUACUGGAGUGCACCAAUUUUCUUCUCUUAUAUUUUUGCCUUUGUGGGGAAUGUUGCAAUGACAUCACUUUAUACUGGCUUGUUAUGGCCAGACUUGAUCAUCACCCAUCAAGACUUUUAUCAUUUAUUUUUUGUACAUGUGUCGUGUGGACCAAUAUGGUUGUGUAUGAUCAUAUUGAUUGUGAUUGCCUUGUUACCUGAUAUUCUAAUACGUUGUAUUACUGAUAUACAGAGGGCAAAAAAUGACAGCAGAAGGGCUUACCAAUCUAAUGAAGAUAAAUAUUCGGUUUCAUUUACGAAGCGUGCAGGGAAACUUACAUUGUCUACCGUUAACAUUAUGGAUAAUGAAUAUUAGCCACAUUCGGAAUCGAUGAUUCCAUUGAAGGAGUUAUCUCCCCUAGAGACAGAGAAAUUUGUCACAAAUAGUGGUGAUGCUCUACAGUUGAAAUCCUUUGUACAGAAAACAAACUUGUGAUAUAUCUUUUAUUGUUGUUGAUAAUCAUAUCAUUUCAUUUGUUAAUUCAGUUUUAUUUAUAAAAGAUUGCAAAAUAUUGCAUUGUCCUAUGUAAAGGAAUGUACUUAUAUAUUUGAUAUAUUUUUGUUGGAGAACUAAACCUUAAAUAUCUAAAGUAUAUCAUUUUCACUGGAGUUGAUUGUUUUAUUAUCACUUCAAUUUUCUAAACAAAGAAAAAGGGAUCAAUAAGUGAUUUGGACCAUUUAAUAAAUUACUGAUGCUAAUUAUUAAAAAUGGCAGGUUGACUUUAGUUUGUUUUUUCUGUCAUAUUGAUAUUUACCUUACCUACCUUAUAGGAAAUAGUAUAAAUAAUAUUUUUUUCAUUAAGAUCCUUUUUUCCUACCCAAUUGUCAUAUCAAUUUUUCUAUAUCCUGAAUUACCUCAUAUCUGAUGUCUGUUGUCAUAAUUUUAAAAAACUUUUAUGGAAACAAAUCUUAAGAAAUUUUAAGAACCAUGAAUACCAAAUUUGUAUGAAAUCAUACAAUGCUUUGCCACAAAAUGAGCUUUAAACCAAUGAAAUAGGUUCAGGGUUAGAAUGUCAAAUUAGAGUUGUAAGCUUUAAGGCACUGUAGAACUAUAGUAACCAUCUAUCAAACAAUACACUAAUAACACACACACACAAAAUAAAUACAGAUUUACUUUUAUUGCCAUAGGGUCAGGGUCUUUAUAAAAAUAGGCUUUCAAUUUAUGAGUUAUUGAUGACUGGAUAACUUCUUGAAUUUUCAUUAUAAAGUUACCUUUUAGCAAAUUAUAUGAACUAUUUUUCUGACGGUUUAAAUUGAAAAUAGGAAAACAAAUUUGAAAUUUACCAGAAAUAAAAAAUCUUACAUAUGUAUGAGAAAAGGAGGUUUCCAGGUUUAACAUAUAAAAACAUGAGAUGUUGAAAACAAAGAAGUCUAAAAUAAGAUCAAUAGAUUUUUUUUAAAUCAAAAUAUAAAACUUAGUUUAAAGUUGAUAGAGUUAUCUUUCUUCCAAGGCAGCAAGCAUUGGAGUAAAUUAGUUGACAUGUAUAUGCCUCAUUAGAUUGUUAAGUUGUAAUCUUCUGCUUACCUCAGUUUAUGUGACAAGAUGGAAGUAUCAUGACAAAAAAAUUGUUACAAGCUUUGCCUCUAUGUAUAUAUGAACAUAUGUUUUGUUGAUUCAUUUAUUGUUAUGUUAUAUUUUGAUAAAUGUGUUGUUAAAUUGUGAUGUAAGAAGGUCAGGGAUUGUUACAUAUUUAACUAUAUUGUUUUUAGUACUUAUACCCCCUAUGGUGGAGGUGUAUAAUAUUUUGCUUAUUAAAUUUUUUCAUCUCUCUGCCUUUGAUAAUGAUUACUACUUCAAAUCCAUAGACGGGGUAAUGAAUCCUUUUACACCUACAAUAAACUUUUUUUUAUCAAAUAAUAUUUUUAUUUAUCAAUAUUUCAAAACAUAGAAAUGGUCAUAUCUUUGAAAAAAUGAAAUCUUUUUUGACAAUAAUUCAUCUUGACUACCAGUAUAUUUCAACAAAAUUUUGAUUGAAUCUUUAGAUGAUAAAUUCAGUCUCACUUUGUCUAUCCAUGUGGCAUAUACGAGAUUGACAUACCCUCAAGUCUGGUAAUUUCAUUUGUCUGAUAAACCUGUUCAUUUUAAAACAUGGGGAGGAAUGAAAGCAAAUGACAGACAAACAAAUUUACUGACCAGCAUAAUAUAAUUUGUAAAUUAGGACACUUUUCUAUUGUAAAUAUUGUAAACUGACUUCUAAAUGUCUUUUAAUUUUAUGUUUUAUGUUAAGGGAUUUCUGUCUGGUUGAUUUAUAAUGCAUAUUUUAUUUUGGUAGGUAUCACCCUAUAGACAAACAAACGAAUUUUACAUAUCUAUUUAAUUAUGGUAAAACGAGGUAUAAACUUUUGAACUUUGAGCAAAUGAUUUUCUCUGGUGACAUGUUGUGAAGAAGCCAGCAAUAGAAAUACUUUUCUAACAGCAGUAUACUACUGUUGCCUUUAUUUUUCUAAAUGUUUAGAGCAGAGAUACCAGUAGUCUUAAUACCUGAAGUUAUGUCUGUUGAUGAAAACUAUUUCAUAAUAAGUACUUUAAAUGAUGCAUAUUUGACAUUUGAUAGAUUUUUGUAUACAUUAAUUUAGCUUUAUGUAUCUUAACUAAAACUAAAUAUGAGGUCUUGUCCCUCAGUUCAGAUGUUGAGUAUUGCAAUGAUAAUAAAUCACAUUCUGAUAUCUGAUACAUAUAUCUGUAUGCAGAAUAAAUGCACACAUUAAGUAAUUUCUUAAUUAAAAGUAGUACUGUUUGACAAAGCAGGGAAGACAUAUCAUUGUGUUGACAGUUUUACAAUAUAUUCAGAAGUUGUAAAUACAUAUGGAUCCAUUUAUUUUUGUUAAACUAAAAGAGAGAAAUAUAUGUUCAUGAAAGUUAUCUUUGCAUUUGUGUUUAAUGCAGAUAAUCAAAGUGCCAUAUCAAUGUGAAUACUUCCUUUUGUUUUAGUACUUUUUUCUUACUUUUGUUUAUAACAUUAACUGCAUUUAUUUUACUGCAAUAUAUCAUCCAAAUUAAUGUCUCUUUAGUGAAGUUUGAGGCCAAAAUUAAAAAAAAUACAAGACUUAAUACACAUAUUGAAGAGCUGAAAAGAUAACUAAUAAAUAUAAAAUAAUAGGUAGUUGAGGUUUUGAUACUGACUAUAUCAUGUGGAAUAUCUAGACGAGCCCGUUAGGGUGAGUUAAGAUGUUCCACAUGAUAUAGUCAGUAUCAAAAACGAAACUACCUAUUAUUCUGUUUAUCGGUAAUUAUGACGUCACACAAUGUCAUGACGUCACACAAUGUAUUGCCUAAUAUUUUCAGUGAUGCAGCCAGUACGUUGAUACUUGAAAAUAUUAGGCAGUAAGAUCAAAGGAAAAAUAUACGAAUUACCGAUAAAUGAGUAAUCUAAAGCAGAUAAAACGUCUUUAAAUUUGAUAUUGUAAGUGAUAUUUUUAGUUGUUGAAGUAUCUUAUUAUAUUUGUAUAUUUUGAUUGCAUUUUAAUUUUUCAUGAUUUUGAUUAUGAUUUAUUUUCUAUUAAUAUAUAAUAUGUUUAUUUUUGUACUAAUUGAAACAGCAAUGCAACUGAAUCUUAACUAUGCAAAUAAAAAAUGAA